ACACCCGACCCGUCUAACCCGUUUAUUCCGCAUUUCAUUAAAAAAAACCCCAUCUUCCAUCUCGUCGUCACCUUCGCCCGUUUGCAUAAACCCUAAAUAAGGAUUGAUUCCUACCGCUCAGGGUCCUCGCUGAGUUCUCGAGUUUGAUUUCAAGGCGCAUAUAUGCUCAAGCUUCUUUUUUAUUAAAAUAAGCACAGGAUGAGCUCCACAAAUUUGGGAUCGGUUAACGUGGACUUCAGAUUUCGUCCUACGCGCUAUGCGAAGAAUUCGAAAGCAAAGAGAUUUUGGGUUGGAGCAUCAGUAGGUUCAUCGCCCUCAAGCUUGCAGUUCCGCAACGUUAAGGUUCAUAAUUCGAAGGAAACAGUUCGUAUUGGGCUUCUAGGGGCUAGCGGUUAUACUGGAGCUGAGAUAGUCCGCCUCCUUGCAAACCAUCCGCAUUUCUCUAUUACAGUGUUGACUGCCGACAGAAAAGCAGGCAAAUCGAUGGGAUCAGUAUUUCCUCACUUGAUUACCCAAGACUUGCCCAAUUUGGUUGCCGUAAAAGAUGCAGAUUUUUCUGAUGUAGAUGCUGUGUUUUGUUGUUUGCCACAUGGAACUACACAGGAAAUCAUUAAAGGUUUGCCUAAGGAACUCAAGAUUGUUGAUCUCUCUGCAGACUUUCGACUCCGUAACAUUGAUGAGUAUGAGAAAUGGUAUAAACAGCCUCAUAAAGCACCAGAGUUGCAGAAAGAAGCGGUAUAUGGUUUAACAGAAAUUUCAAGAGAAGAAAUCCGAAACGCACGUCUAAUUGCAAAUCCUGGUUGCUAUCCAACAUCCAUCCAACUUCCUCUUGUUCCUUUAAUAAAGGGUAACCUGAUAGAACUAAGAAAUAUCAUUAUUGAUGCCAAAUCCGGUAUCAGUGGUGCAGGGAGAGGAGCCAACGAAGCAAACCUCUACACUGAAAUUUCUGAAGGGAUUCAUUCUUAUGGCAUUACCAGUCACCGACAUGUGCCUGAAAUUGAACAAGGGCUCGCAGACGCUUCACAUUCUAAAGUAACUGUCAGCUUCACUCCUCAUCUAAUGCCUAUGAACCGUGGCAUGCAGUCAACCAUUUAUGUGGAAAUGUCACCUGGGGUAACUGUUGAUGAUCUGUACCAACAACUGAAGAAUGCUUAUGAGGGUGAAGAAUUUGUAAAAUUGUUGAAUAAGGGAGACAUUCCCCACACCAAUCAUGUUAAGGGUUCAAACUACUGUUUGAUGAAUGUCUUUCAGGAUCGAAUUCCAGGGAGAGCAAUAAUAAUCUCCGUGAUUGAUAAUUUGGUGAAAGGAGCUUCUGGUCAAGCCAUUCAAAACCUUAAUUUAAUGCUUGGCUAUCCAGAGAACUCGGGGCUUCAUUGUCUACCAUUAUUUCCUUAGAUUAAAGAGCCGGCAUUGAUUCUAAGUGAUAACGCGUGAUGUAGUUUGCAGGAAGAAUAAGCGUUGUCACGCUAUACUUUUUGAUUUACAGCCGCGAAGAAGAGGGGUGUGCUGUGU